UUAGCGAUUUGAGUCUCAAAGAAAGAGCAGCUAGCAGAGAGGAAGGAAGAGAUCGAUGGAGGAGGUUGAGGUCUUUCUGCUGGCAAUGAAAGUGGCUUCUUCACUUGCUCUUGCGGGCAUUUUCAGCUGGAUACUUUAUCUGUAUGGUAAUCUGUGGCAUAAGUCCCAAAGGGUCAGAAGGAAGCUCCAAAUGCAAGGUAUCAGAGGGCCUCCACCUUCUUUUCUACAUGGGAAUCUACCUGAUAUGCAGAGAAUCCAAUCUCAGGCUACCAUAGCCAAAGCUCCUAGCUGCAACCAUUCUGAUCAGUUUCUAGCACAUGACUACACCGACACCCUCUUCCCAUAUUUUGAACACUGGAGGAAACAAUACGGUCUAGUGUACACUUACUCCACGGGGAUGAAGCAACACCUCUAUGUGAACCAACCGGAUCUAGUGAGAGAAAUGAACCAGUGUAUCACUUUAGGUUUGGGUAAGCCUUCUUAUGUAACAAACAGACUUGCACCCCUGCUUGGCAAUGGCAUUCUUAGAGCCAAUGGGCAUAGUUGGUCACAUCAGAGGAAACUUGUUGCACCUGAGUUCUUCAUGGGCAAAGUUAAGGGUAUGGUGGGCCUAAUGAUAGAGUCAUCGCAGCCAUUACUACUAAAAUGGGAGCAAUUUAUUGCGUGCCAAGGAGGUGCCACAGCAGAAGUUAAAGUUGAUGCUGAUUUGAGGGGCUUCUCAGCUGAUGUUAUUUCAAGGGUUUGUUUUGGUCAUUCUUAUUCCAAAGGAAAGGAAGUUUUCUCAAAGCUUAGAAGCAUCCAGAAGGCCAUGUCCAAACAAGGUUUCCUUUUUGGGGUCAGCGGUUUCCGUGACAAACUGAAUUUCUCCACAAAGAAGCAAAACGGGAUUGCCAAUUUGGAAAGAGAGAUAGAGUCACUGAUCUGGGAAUUAGUGGAGGAACGCAAGCGAGAAUGCUUAGAGACAUCAUCAUCAGAAAAGGAUCUGAUGCAGUUACUGUUGGAAGCAGCCAAUACCAAUAGUGAUCAAAAUCUGGGGAAGGACUUUUCCAAGCGUUUCAUUGUGGAUAAUUGCAAAAACAUAUACUUUGCUGGCCAUGAAACUACUGCUGUUGCAGCCUCUUGGUGUUUGAUGCUUCUUGCUUUACACCCAGAAUGGCAAUCUCGUAUAAGGACAGAGGUCGCUGAACUUUGCCCCAGUGGCAUUCCAGAUGCAGAUUCUCUCCCUCUGUUGAAAACGGUAACUAUGGUGAUUCAAGAAGUGCUACGUUUAUAUCCACCAGCAGCCUUUGUGUCAAGGGAGGCAUAUGAAGAUAUCCAAAUUGGAGACUUAAAUGUUCCUAAAGGCGUUUGUUUAUGGACACUGAUCCCAACAUUGCACAGAGAUCCUGAAAUUUGGGGAACAGAAGCGAAUGAGUUUAAACCAGAAAGGUUCAGUGAGGGUGUCUCUAAGGCUUGCAAGUAUCCUCAGGCAUAUGUGCCAUUUGGAUUGGGUACUCGCUUGUGCUUGGGGAAAAACUUUGCCAUGGUUCAAUUGAAGGUUGUGCUAGCCCUUAUCAUCUCAAAGUUCAGCUUCUCUCUAUCUCCUAGCUAUAGCCAUUCUCCCGCAUAUAGAAUGAUUGUAGAACCAGGACAUGGAGUAUAUAUUCUCAUUCAGAAAAUUUGACCCGACCUGA